UUUAAUUUUUGGUUCGUCAGAGCAACCUACCCGAAGUGCGUUCCUUUCGCCUGGAGCACGUGAUGAUUAAUAUUGACAUUUCACCAAUUGGGAAACAAAUUGUCUAGUUAUUUGCAGCAUUAAGUUUUUCAGUACUAAAAUAAAAUGCGUAUCGAGACGUGUUAUUUUUGCUCUUCCAGGAUUUAUCCAGGGCAUGGGAUACAGUUUGUAAGAAAUGACUGUAAAAUAUUUAAAUUCUGUCGGUCUAAAUGCCACGCAGCCUUCAAAAGGAAGAAGAACCCAAGGAAAGUCAAAUGGACCAAAGCGUACAGGAAGACGGCUGGCAAAGAGCUGGCAAUCGACCCUUCAUUUGAAAUGGAGAGAAAAAGAAAUAUACCUAUGAAGUACGACAGAGAAUUUUGGCAAAAAACGGUCGAGGCAAUUAAAAAAAUAGAAGAGAUUAAGACAAAACGACAGAACACAUAUAUUAUGCAAAGGUUAAGGAAAGGAAGAGAACUAGAAAAUCAAAGAGACAUAAGGGAAGUACAAAGAGAUUUGUCUUUGAUCCGCUCACCAGCAGCAGGCCUAAAAGAAAGAGAAAAAGAAGCCCUAAUUGAAGAAAUUCAUGAUUCAGAUGUGGAAAUGGAUGACAAUCAGAAAAUGAUGGAAGUUGUACAGUAAAUUGUUAAAUUUACAACUAAUCAUUAUUGUCCGUGUCUAUCCCUGUAAAUAAAACUUUUUUUUUUUUUCAAAUAUAUUUUACUUUUUCUAAA